AUGGCGCGGGCGACGGUGGCGCUGACGCCGCAGAUCCAGAAGCGCAUGGACGUCCUGUCGAAAGUCUUCGAGGGCUGGGAGGAGGACUGCAUGAACUGCAAGGCCUUCGCGGCGUCGCUGGCGGACUGGACGACGCCCAAGGGCGCCGAGGUCAUCCGCGAGGGCGAGGACGCGGCGCAGCCCCAGCUAUUGAUUUGCGAGUCCGGCGCGGCGGAGGUCUUUGUCACGACGACGACGAAGUCCGGCGCCAAGAAGCAGAAGCGCGUCGCGCGGCUCGUCGCGCCCUUCUACGUCGGCGAGGGCCAGGUCAUCGCCCGCAGCGUGCCCACGGCGACGAUCAAAGCCGCCCAGGACCUCGCGGGGUUCUCGCUGGACCUCGAGUC